GGGACCAUCUUCCCCGCCCCCAAUUUCAAUCCUGUGAUGGACGCCCAGGUGCUGGAGGGAGCGCUCCAGGGAUUUGACUGUGACAAGGACCUGCUGCUGGACAUUCUGACGCAGCGCAGCGGCGCGCAGAGGCAGGUGAUCGCCGAGGCCUACCAGGGCAUGUGCGGCCGGGAUCUGCUUGGUGACCUGAAGGAGAAGCUUUCAGGUCACUUCAAGGACGUCAUGGUCGGCCUCAUGUACCCCCCACCGUCCUAUGAUGCCCACGAGCUCUGGCACGCCAUGAAGGGCGCAGGCACAGAGGAGAACUGCCUCAUUGAUAUACUGGCUUCAAGAACAAACGGAGAAAUCUUCCAGAUGCGAGAAGCCUACUAUAUGCAAUACAGCAGUGACCUUCAAGAGGACAUUUACUCAGAGACCUCAGGACACUUCAGAGACACGCUCGUGAACUUGGUCCAGGGAACCAGGGAGGAAGGAUAUGCCGACCCCGCCGUGGCUGCCCAGGACGCCGUGGUGCUGUGGGAGGCCUGUCAGCAGAGGACCGGGGAGCACAAGACGCUGCUGCAAGUGAUUCUGUGCACCAAGAGCUACCAACAGCUGUGGCUGGUUUUCCAGGAAUUUCAAAAUAUUUCUGGGCAAGACAUAGUAGAUGCUAUAAAUGAAUGUUAUGACGGCUACUUUCAAGAGCUGCUGGUGGCAAUUGUUCUCUGUGUCCGAGACAAACCAGCCUAUUUUGCAUACAGACUAUACAGUGCAAUCCACGACUUUGGUUUCCAUAAUAAAACCGUGAUCAGGAUUAUAAUCGCCAGAAGUGAAAUAGACCUGAUGACCAUAAGGAAACGGUACAAAGAGAGAUACGGGAAGUCCCUCUUUCAUGAUAUCAAAAAUUUCGCUUCUGGGCAUUACGAGAAAGCUCUCCUAGCCCUCUGUGCUGGGGAUGCCGAGGACUACUGA